AUUAUUUUCCUGAAAAAGAAACACUGUAACAAAUAUUUGAUUUUACCAAAUUUGCAUGUUGCAUCAUCUAAAAGUGUGUAGUAAUUAUUGCAUGGCGAUGGCUGAGGUGCAAAUCAUGCCAUUGAAAUUUUUCACACCUUUGGUGCAAAUCCUAUCAUUUAUCCGAAAAUUCCGUAGAAACCUUGCUGUUAGAUGGAAAUAUCUUUUAUUUUUAAUUGAGUGAGUUGCCCUUCUGGAUCGCUGAGUGGCUACAUUCCCCAUUAUUUGAGCAAAAUGCUUUAGUGAGAUGCCCAGUAGUUGAGCAAAGCAUUGCUUUAUCUUUUCUUAAGUCAGCGAAAUUCCUUCGAAGCCGUUAAUCGGUCGUUCUUUUAGUGAACCAGUUUUUUAUCAUGUUUUGUUAAUACUGAAAUGUGUCUAUAAAGUAGAAAGUAAAUAACGAAUGACAGAAUACAGUUUUUUGCGGUUUUUACCGUUUUAUACACAAACUUAUGGUUUUAUACGCAAAAUCUUAUGGCAAGACGGUAGCUUUACAGGAUGGUCAAACAAUAAUCUGAAUUGUUUAUUGCCAAUUUUGCCUAUGUUUGAAUCCCACCGGGAACAGCAAGAGAUGGACCAAGCAGUUGUCACGGGUAUUGUUUUCUUCGUGAAUUCUCUGCUUGGAGGAUAUUCGGAAUUAAUAAUUUAUUGCGCAUAUCGUCUGAAAUCUUUCUUGUCCUGACAUGAAGAACUUAUUGACGUUGUUGUGGAUAAUUUUGCAUUCUUGCUAUCAUGCAUGUCAAAUUGAAGAUGCGAUAAAUUAAUAACGGCAGAGGGAAUUAAAAUGCAUCUGACCAGGCAGUAUCGUGUUGAUCGGAUAGCAGCCUUGCGUUUGACUUUUGGAUAAGCCAUAAUGGAUUCGUCCAUGGUGACCUGAUGAGCUGGCGGAUCUUUUUCAAAUCAAAGGCGUACAGAAAAUGGCCUCAUACAGUAUUAAAGUGCUGUCGUUGGUAGCAAUAUUCACAUUUGUAGAUGGAUAUCAGCGGCCAGAUCGUGUCGACCUAUGCAUAGUCCUGUCCACAGACGCUAGCUAUGGAGACAUCAAUAAAAGUUUCGCAAGGAUAUCUAAGCUUAUCCCAAAAAUAAGCAUCUCACCAAGCACUACAAGGAUUGCAGUUGUUGAUGCUACCACCGGUGUAAAGAAGUUGAUUGGGUUCAGCUCCUGUGUUAACAGAGAAUGCGUUGUGGCAGAGCUUGCGAAGCUAAGGCUCAAAAUGUUAAAACAUCAAGUGCCACAUCAUCGUCCUAGGCUGAAAACUGUUUUUCCUUUGGCGUUUAAGCUGUUUCAAAAACAUAAAGGAGAAAGUACAAAGAAGUAUAUUCUGUUGAUCACAAAGAAUCCACUCAGUUCGGAAAGAUUCUUUCAGCUGGAGAAGAUCCUUGCAAAGAGGAAAAUCAUUCUAACUGUGAGUGCUUUGAAAAGCAAUGGAAAAGGAUACAUGAUAUUCAAAAAGAAAAUUAUUCAUUUAGAAUAUCUGCCAUUUGAGAGAGAAUCCUUUACCAGAUGUGACAAGUCUGGGGUUGUCUAUGAUGAAUGCAACAGAAAAUGCUACUGUAUUGAUGGAAAAAUGAUGAAAUGUGCUCGAGUCAGAAAGGAGUUCACAGAGAUGUCAAUACCUGAGAGAAAAAGAUACAUUUCUGCAUUUAAAAAGCUGGCCGCUGAUGAAAGAUACAAGAAAAGGCACGAGAACUUCGUUAAAAUUCACAAAGAUUUAUUCUUUAAAGGUAUUCACACAAAGAAUUACUUCUUGCCCUGGCAUCGAUGGUAUUUGCUGAAAUUUGAAAACCUGCUUAGAGAGAUUGACUGCAGAAUAACGAUUCCAUAUUGGGAUUGGGCCUUCUGGUCAGACGUGCCUUGGGUAGCAAAUAUGCACAUCUGGAAUUCACACGAUUAUGGUCUAGGGGGCAAUGGGGAUCCAAAGAAAGGGUAUUGUGUUCAAGAUGGACCUUUCAAAGAAGGGUCAUUCAAAACACCAGAUUUCGACAAUAAGGGAGAGGUACUUGAUGCUGUUGCCUACGCAAUAGAAAGCUCGAAGGUGCCAAAAAUAAAAACAUCAAACAAGGCAGGAUGCUUAAGAAGAAGCUUUAACGGCAAACCAGUUGGUGUGCCGUUAAUCAGAAAAAUCUUAAGAAGCCGUGCUGCAUCGUUUUCAGUGUUUGAGAACGUCGUGAGAGUGUCACUGCACAAUUCUAUGCACAAUGAAAUAGGUGGCCACAUGUGCUCUGAGUACGCAAGCGUGACCCCUGAAUUCUACCUGCACCAUGCCUUCCUCGACAAACUAUGGUACACUUGGCAGCUACACAGCAAAGCAUGCCUUAACGCAAGAUUCACUAAAUUCAAUCAUAAAAUGACAAAAUUUAAGUGUAAUCACAGUCAAAAGGAAUUUAUAGACUCCAGCAAGCUACCGGGACAUGUUGACGUCACAUAUACGGAUUAUUACUAUAAAUAUGAAAAGAGUAAAAGCCAUGACAUUGUUAGUACCUUGAGAAGUGACAUUGAAGAAACUGGAACGCAAAAGGACCCGUUCACAGUAACUGAUAGCGAGGCAGAUGAAACGAGCCCGGCCACAGUAACUGAUAGCGAGGCAGAUGAAAGCAGCCCGCACAGAACAACUGUUAGCGAGGCAGAUAAAAAGGACCUGGGCACAACAAAUGACAGCGAGGCAGAUGAAAAGAGCCCGUACACGGUAACUGAUAGCGAGGCAGAUGAAACGGACCUAGGCACAACAACCUACAGCGAGGCAGAUGAAUCGACAUUCAAUGAGAAUAAUGACAAUUUUAGGGACACUUUUCGGCCUCCUUAUAAGAAGCAUGUUUACCACGAAUAUAUUCAUAAGUUAUUGGGUCACAAAAGUGCGGAAUUCUGAAAGGCUUUAUGUUGUUUGUGGAUGUAUUUGCCAAGCAGUUUAGCAUUGUUAUAUCGGGGAAAGCAAUUGCUUCUAGAUGUUGUUAUUUUACUUCAUGUUGCACGUACAUUAGUUAUUACUUUUUUGGUCGCUAAUCAAUAUGUUCGCAGAGCAAAAA